GCCGGGGCAUGCGCAGGGCGGGGAGACCUUGGCGAGGUGGCGGAGGUGCUCGGCGGAGGUGAAAGCAUUGGCUGAAAGGGAAGGCAAGGGGAAAAAUGCAGAGCUGGAGCCGUGUGUACUACUCUGUGGCCAAGAGAGGCCAUUUCAGUCGAACAUCUCAUGGCCUACAGGGAGUUUCUGCAGUGCCUCUGAGAACUUACGCAGAUCAACCAAUUGAUGCCGAUGUAACAGUGAUAGGUUCUGGUCCUGGAGGAUAUGUUGCUGCUAUUAAAGCUGCGCAGUUAGGCUUCAAGACAGUCUGCGUUGAGAAAAAUGAUACACUUGGUGGAACAUGCUUGAAUGUUGGUUGUAUUCCUUCUAAGGCUUUAUUGAAUAAUUCUCAUCUUUACCACAUGGCUCAUGGAAAAGAUUUUGCAUCCAGGGGAAUUGAAAUGCCUGAAGUUCGCUUGAAUUUAGAGAAGAUGAUGGAGCAGAAGAGUACUGCAGUAAAAGCUUUAACAGGUGGAAUUGCUCACUUAUUCAAACAGAAUAAGGUUGUUCACGUCAAUGGAUAUGGGAAGAUAACUGGCAAAAAUCAGGUCACUGCUUCUAAGGCUGAUGGGAGCACUCAAGUUAUUGAUACAAAGAACAUUCUCAUAGCUACAGGUUCAGAAGUUACUCCCUUUCCUGGAAUCACGAUUGAUGAAGAUACGAUAGUGUCAUCUACAGGUGCUUUGUCUUUAAAAAAAGUUCCAGAGAAGAUGGUUGUCAUUGGUGCAGGAGUAAUAGGUGUAGAAUUGGGUUCAGUUUGGCAAAGACUUGGUGCAGAUGUGACAGCAGUUGAGUUUUUGGGUCAUGUUGGUGGAAUUGGAAUUGAUAUGGAGAUAUCUAAAAACUUUCAACGCAUCCUUCAAAAACAGGGAUUUAAAUUUAAAUUGAAUACAAAGGUUACUGGUGCUACCAAGAAGUCAGAUGGAAAAAUUGAUGUUUCUAUUGAAGCUGCUUCUGGUGGGAAAGCUGAAGUUAUCACUUGUGAUGUACUCUUGGUUUGCAUUGGCCGACGACCCUUUACUCAGAAUUUAGGACUGGAAGAGCUUGGAAUUGACCUAGAUUCCAGAGGUAGAAUUCCAGUGAAUACCCGAUUCCAAACUAAAAUUCCAAAUAUUUAUGCUAUUGGUGAUGUGGUUGCUGGUCCAAUGCUGGCUCACAAAGCAGAGGAUGAAGGCAUUAUCUGUGUUGAAGGAAUGGCAGGUGGUGCUGUGCACAUUGACUACAAUUGUGUGCCCUCAGUGAUUUACACACACCCUGAAGUUGCUUGGGUUGGCAAAUCAGAAGAGCAGUUGAAAGAAGAGGCUAUUGAGUACAAAGUUGGGAAAUUCCCAUUUGCUGCUAACAGCAGAGCUAAGACUAACGCUGACACAGAUGGCAUGGUGAAGAUUCUUGGGCAGAAAUCAACGGACAGAGUAUUGGGAGCACAUAUUCUAGGACCAGGUGCUGGAGAAAUGGUAAAUGAAGCUGCUCUUGCUUUGGAAUAUGGAGCAUCCUGUGAAGAUAUAGCAAGAGUCUGUCACGCGCAUCCGACCUUAUCAGAAGCUUUUAGAGAAGCAAACCUGGCUGCAUCAUUUGGCAAAUCAAUCAACUUUUAAAUUAGAAGAUUAUAUAUAUUUUUUCCUGAAAUCUCCUGAGAGCUUUUGUAGAAGUCACAUUUCUGAACAGGAAAUGCUUACAGCUCCAAGAAUUUCUAGGACUGUAUUAAACUUUUGGAAGGUAUUUAAUAGGUUUGGACAGAAUGGAGUAAUCCCACAUCUAUAUUUUAAAUAUACUUAAUUAUUUUAUUUCAGUGCAUUAAUAUUGCAGAAAAAAAUCUACUUAUAGUAGCAUCCUGGAAAAUUUCCAUCAACCCCAUGUUUUCAUGCUGUUUAUGAAAGUUUCAACUUCACUGAAUUUAUAUUAAGUAGCUUUUAUUCCUGAUACAGUAAAGUUGAAUUUACUUACACAA